AUGCAGGAGCAAAUUGCCUGGCGAUUGGAUCCACAAAUCAGUUACAGUGAUUGGAUCAUUGAAGUCACUCGAUUGACCAGCAGUGACGAUGUUUUUUUUGGAACCAAACAAGACAUAGUAAGUAGAACCAAAAAGGACACCUAUCAUGUUCACAAGGCAUUUUUAUCGUGCGGUCCUCGGAAAUCCAGUUAUUUUUAUGGAUUGUUUCAUUCCAACCGCAAGCAACAAGAUACCUAUCUACUACUCGACAAGAAUACUACUACUACUACUACUACUACUACAGAAUCUUCCUCCAUAUACAAGACGACUCGAAUCAGUUUGGAACAUUCGGUGGCGGAUGUUUUUCCCUUGUUUUUGGACUAUGUCUAUAGUGGUACUCUAGUGUUGUCCAUUGAAUCGGCCGUGGCAUUGCACUAUCUGAGCGAUUACUUUGGAGUGGAACCCUUGAAGCACGAAGUUUUUGAAUUUGUUCGCAAUGACAUGAUGCCCAAGGAAUCCUUUCGACAACAACGGGCCCGCUUACUCUUGCAGCAGAAUAAGCCUAUGAAGGAGGUGUUGGUAGAUAUCAAGGAGAAUGAGAAUGAAAUUGACAGCAAUAACAACAACAAGGAGAACCAGCAUGAGGAUUCCGAUUCGGUCAUUUUGGAAUCCUGUAUGAAAUCUGCCACGAGAUGGAAUCUGGUCCGCGAUCGUCUCUUGUCUCCUUAUAAUAAUUAUAAUAAUAAUGACCGAGCGGGGCUUGUGGAACUCAUGACGCAAAUGUUGACGCUGGAACAAAAGAAUUUGUUGUUUUUCUAUGCCCUACGAGAACAAUCGAAUGGUCGUCGUCGUGGUCGACAUGAUGCCAUGGACGAAUGGAAGGUACAGAAUCAGCAACAAUCGUUGAUGGAUGCCCAAGAAAUGAUUCGUGUCCAACAAGAAAUGACUGGACUCAAGGAAGAGUUGGAGAGCCUCAAGAAUCAAAAUGAGGCGUACAGUCAUGCAUUUGUCAGCUUGAAACAAGACAAUGAGAAACUGGCAUCGAAGAAUCAAAUGCUGGAGCAGCAAACGUUGGAAAUGGAUGGUCUCUGCGAGGAAAUUGCCUCGUUGAAAAAGAAGCAGGAAGAUCAAGAACAGGAGCAACUUGGCCUCAAAUUGAAGAUUGAUCAACUAGAGCAGGAAAAGACUACCCUUAAACAGACAAUGGACGCCCAAAGCAGUAAAAUGUCGGUAUUGUACAGCAGCACAGAACGGUUGGAGCGCAAGUUGACCAAGGCCAAAUUCAAGAAUCGAACGGCCACGGCGGCCAAUGAGGACGAGUUGGAACGGUUGAAACAAGGGCAUUUGGCCGAAAUUUCUAGAAUCAAGGGGGAAUCCAGCAAGUUGGUCUAUCAGUUUCAGGAGGAAUCGGCCCAUUGGAGGGAGGACAAUGGCAAGCUCAAGAGGCAGUGUGAGUUGCUCGAGGAACUGUAUUGGACUGGGGGUAGAUAA